CAACCCCUCAAAAUCAAGUUAUCAUAACAAACUAAACCACAUUAUAUAUAGUAGCAAAUAGCAACAUCCCUAUCCUCACAAAGUUCAAGAGAAAUAGAAUCCAACAGAGACUCAUAAAUCAUCUUGUCCUGUGCCCAUCUUUAUUCAAUUUUUUUCACCCAAAAGCAACCUUUGAUAUUAACUACAUGGAUUACCCCAAAAGCCCAACCGAACCAAAAACCAUGACCACAAAAGGCCUCAAAAUAUGCUUGUUGGUGUCCAUAAUUUUCUUCAUCAUUGUUGCCACUGUCAUAUUGUCACUAGUUUUCACAAUCUUCAAACCCAAGAACCCAGAUGUAACUGUCUACCCACUAGGCCUCAAAGACCUUGAAUUUUUCCAACCAAACUCAACAAGUGUGCCUCUAAAAAUGUUAAUCACAAUAGUGAACCCAAACUACGGAAGCUUCAAGAGCAAAAAUGCCACUGGUUACCUAAACUAUCAAGACACUGUAAUCGCCAAUGUUCCUCUCGAACCGAAGCUUCUCCCCGCUCGUAGAACAACUAAUGUGACAACUACUGCUGGUCUUAUGAGUGGAAAGUUAAUUUCUGAUGAAACUUUUCUUGAAGAUAUUGAAGAUGGUUCUUUCAAUUUGACAGCAAAGGCAACAUUUCAUGGAAAAGUGCAUUUUAUCAAGAUUUUCAAGAUGAAAGCUACUGUUGAUAUCUUUUGCAAUAUCUUCUUUAACAUAAGUUCCUUGUAUACUCAUUCGAACUGCGUAACCAGAAUCAAGGUGUGAUUAUUGUUCUCCGUAUUUAUUAUCAUUGUAAUUUUAGUUAAUAUUCGUGUUUAUUUACAAAAAUAAAAAUAAAUAAAUAGGUGGGAAAAUA